AUGGCUCCCAUCCGCCCCCCUAGACAUGGGAGGAAAAAGCAGAUGGAGCCAAUGGCCAUCGGCCUGCCGACAACCGGAGAUUCAACUCCAAUCACAUCCUUCUUUCCGCCAGAGCCAGAGCCAAAGGUGCUUGACCCACCAAAGCUCGAUCUGCCAGCGGUCAACCUGCCAAAGAUUGACCUACCAAAGGCCGCUCCGACAACGCCUGAUCCGCCAAGGUCUAAUCCACUUAAAACUGAACUGCUAAAGGCUGAUUCAGCAAGGCCUGAUACCCUCAAAACAGAACCGCUGAACCUCAAUCCAGGAAAGAUGGAAGCGCCAAAGGUCAUCCCGCCAAAGGCAGCUAUUCUGGCAGCGAAAUAUCCACCACAGUCUGGUAGUCCGCACAGCCAUUAUCACACAACCACUAGCAGGCCUCUGGCGGAUCCAGCAAACACAGGUCCCCCAAAGGGCGAUCCAGCAAAGACGGAUCCCGCGCAGGUUGCUGCCCAUAGCCUUUACCAGUCAACGGUCAGUGCACCAAUACCUGAUCCACCUAAGUCUGAUCCAGAAAUCGACAACUCCAUAGCAGACCGACCCAUUACAGAGGAAGAUUCUGUUGCCUUUCGCAAGGGCUUCACAUUCCGCGGGCCCGACAUGAUUGCGCUGGACAGGACUGGGCAUAACCCGCUAAAGAUCGAGUUCUGGCUCGGGACCCCAGACGGCCACUUCAUGAAUAUGGAUCUGAGGCCUAGCCAGACACCUGGAUACACCAUGAACGAUGUCGACCUCACCUUCCGUAUGUAUAACAGACAAACAUCGGCGAGCGGGGAGACCAUACUCAAUGACAGGAUAUUUCACACUGAGCCUGAUACUGUCUACUGUCUGCAUGCGGAGCGUGGGGUGACUUAUAACUUUGAUAAUAUCCCGGACCCAACUGAGAGUUCGUCCUGCGGAAUGCCCGUGGGGACGAGCCUGCGCAUGAUGAAGGACCGAUUGGCCUUCCCAAGGAUGGACACACCGAUCUAUCACACGUCCACCCCGCUGGACUCCAGCAGUGCCAGGAAAUGUCGUGACUAUAUCACGCCUCUCCAGUGCGACCCACGAGGAACCCGCUGCACCUACCCCACAAAAGAAACACCGGCGGCUACGGCGGACAGCUCCGUCACCGACGACAAAGACUGGGCGACCCGCUCCUCUCCCAUCCAAUACACGCCCUCCACCUCCAGCAAUGCCUCCACCACAUCCUCCUCCACUUCCUCGCCCGCCGGGUACAUCCCCGCCCGCCUGCUCCACCACCCCGCGCUUCCCAGCGGUCCCUACGACCUCACAUCCCUCCUCGCCACCCACAAAGGACCGCGCAUCUUCAAGCGCUGCGGCUGCGGCGACCUCGUCCUCGCUAGCGCCGACCACUGCAACAUCGAGUCCGGCACAAACCGGCUAAUGGCGGCCGUCGGCCUCGACCUGCAAGACGACUACCGCGUCGCCAAGCGCAUCGCGAUGGACUUCUUCGUCGGCCACGACGAGGGCACGCCCAUCCAGAUCGACGAGUCGUGGUAUCAGCUUGACGCGCGCGAUUAUGUAGUCGGCAGAGACGCGUACGCGGAUGUGAUGAGACGGCAUGCGGAGGGGCGGCAUGUAGAGGAGAUGGAGGAGCGGGUGUUGAGGGCGACGAGGAUGGAGCUGGCGAAGGUGGGGAGUGUGAGGGAGGGGAAGGGGAGGGGGUUGAAUGAGGUUUUGCUGGGGGCUAUGGAUUUUCCGAGGCUGGAUGAGGGGGACGUUGGGGGAGGGGAGGAAGGGGCGCAGGGGCCUGAGCUAGAUGCAGUGAAGUGGGGGCUGGGUUUGGGGAGCUGGUAG